AUGACUCACCCCUUUGUUGUUGGACUCCCAGAGGGAGUUGCCGACCUUGUCCACGGCUUGCUCGCCGAAAAAGGCCCCAACCAGGAUGAAACCUGUGGAACCGGAGUUGAGGGAGGCUCCAUCAGCAUCCCAGCCUGGAAACUCUUCAAGAACAUCCCAGCUCCCUGUUUCGGUGCCUAUAGCUCACCUACGUAG